UCUCGGCUCUGUCCAGCGCCGUGCCUUCAGUGGCCUCCGCCGUUCCCAGCGACGUCGUUUCGAGUGCUGCCGGGUCUUUUCCCUCUGAUGUGGCGUCCGUCCUUUCGGCGCUCUCGAGUGCAGCUGGUUCGGUCCCCAGCGAUGUCGUUUCGGCGAUCUCCGGCGCCUCCAGCGAUGUUGCGUCGAUUCUUUCGAGUGCCGGGGCUCCGCUUCCCUCUGAUGUCGCGUCGGUUCUCUCCGCGUUGUCGAGCGCCGCGGGUGGUACCGUGGCGUCAAUCACGAGCGAUCUUGGAUCCGUCGUCUCUGCCAUGCCAUCCUCUGCUUCGGCCCUCCCCCGGAUGUCGCUUCGGUCCUUUCGGCCCUGUCGAGCGCGGCUGGUUCUGUCCCGAGCGGUGCCGAGUCUGCGUUGAGCGGGAUCGUCGCGUCUGCCACGAGUGGUCUAGGGUCUAUCGUUUCUGCAGUCCCGACGAGCGUCGCAUCGAUCUUGGCCAGUGCGACGAGCGACCUGGGAUCCAUCGCAUCGCCCCUUUCUAGUGGCCCUGCGUCGGCUCUCCCUUCAGACGUGGCAUCGCUUCUAUCCGCCUUGUCGAGUGUUGCUGCCGCAUCCGGCGUGCCCUCGGACAUCUCUUCGAUCGCCUCCGUCUUGCCUAGCGGUGCCCAAUCGGCCGUCGCAUCUUCUGUGCCCUCCGAUGUUGCUUCGAUUCUUUCUGCAUUGUCCAGCGCGGCUGGUGCCAUCCCCAGCGACGUGGCCUCAGCUGCCAGCUCGUU